AUGGGCAACUUCGGAAACGCUCUCAAGGCCGGCCAGACGGCCAUUGAACUGGGCCGCAACGUCCAAGGCCUCGCUGGCGCUGCAUCCGAGUUCCGCGCUGCCGACAAAAGGGAGAUGGGCCGCAAAGCCGGCCGCGGCGUUUUCAACGAGGGUGCCGAUACUGGCAAAACGAUGGGAAAGACGUGGCUCAAGACUUUCGAAGUCGUGCCACGCCUCGUGUGCCGUGGGCUGCAGUUUCUCUUCGCCCUCAUUGCCUGCGGCUUCUACGGAAACCGUGUCGACGCAGACCGCAAGGACGAUGACGGCUUCUCGCCCGAGUGGAUUCUCGCCAUCACAGUCGCCGGGGCCUCGGCCGUCACAGCUGUGCUGUUCGUUGCUGCCACACCUCUCGGGGCCAUCCCUUUCAUCGGCAGCAAGAUCAAGAUAUUCAAGACAUAUCGCGCAUUCGCCUGGGAUUUGAUUCUCUCUAUCGCGUGGAUCGUAGUCUUUGGCAUCUUUGCGGCGAUAUUUCUAAAGAGAGACAGCGAAGACUCGUACAAGGGCAGUAAAACUAGCGUGAUGAAGGUUGCCGUCUGGAUUGAUCUCGUGAACGCCAUCUUUUGGUUGAUUUCCGGCGUUUAUGGUUGCAUCAAGACGUUCCUGGGUGACAAGACAAACCAGAUGACGGACAAGAUUGGGCAAAAGCUUUUUGACAAGAAGAAAGCACCAGCCAAGGAAUCUGAUUAUGCAGAGAGCGUAUAA